CAGAGACUGAGGCGUACUGAAGACGGAAAAGAGGGACAGGACGAGCGGACAGCGGAGGGACAGGGCCACACUCCAGGUACGCGCACCGACAGCGGCCGUGUCUUGUGUCCCGCGGGCCGUGCGCCGUGGAGCGGGCUGGCGCGGUGCUGUCAGCGCAGAAUAACGCGGGGACUGGCCUUUUACGCGGAGCUUUCACUACCCCGGGCACGGACGGUGCUCCAGGACCGCCGCAAUAAUCUCGUCAUCCCCUGCUCUGUGGAUUAACGCCCCUUAUCUGGAAUUACAAACAAAACUCAUGGAUUACCAGGAGACUGUUGAAAAGGCGACUCUAACAACUGUGCCAACACUACGUCAGCUCGACAGUCUGUCUCAACUGGGCGGGUUUUGAGCUUUUUUUUUUUUUUAGAAUUUCUUUUUGUUUUGAUUUCACAGUUUUUGAGACACUUUUUGGACUUUCAGAAACUGGAUUGGAAAACUGAAAUUGAGUCAGAAUUGCAAUUUGGGUGAUCGCUAUUCGCAAAUAUAGAAAAAGCAACAGUUGUAUUGUUUUUUGCCAACUAAAUAUCUUAUCUAACCCUGCAGUUUAGACGUCUACAUGUUCUGAAAUGCACGGGAAUCUUCUAUUAUCUUCUCAAAUUUUGUUCUAAGAUUGCAAAAAAGAACAUUUAAUCACAGUUGCAAUUUGACUUUGCGCCAAAAUCCUUCAGGCCUUUUUGUUUUGGACCGUCUAACGAUUCUCAGGACGAUAUAUGCAUUUAAACUUUGAACUUUUUUGACCGCCACGAUGUAUGGAAGUUCUCGCUCCGUGUCCAAGCUGGACGUGGUCGGAUCCAACGGGAACGGGUCAGCGUCCGGCAGCCCCGGUCGCUCCCCUCGCCUCCCGCGCUCUCCGCGAAUGGCCCAUCGGAGAAGCAGCGGGAACAUGUCGACGAGCGGACUCACCGGCUCCGGAAAAACCCUGUCUAUGGAGAAUAUACAGUCUAUAAAUGCAGCUUAUGCAACAGGCGGGCCCAUGUAUUUCACCGAUUCCGCCGAGGACCCGGUGGAUCUCGGGAGCCUGAGCAGCGGACUGAACCCGUCGCUCCCGAAAAGCACCAUGACGCUGGGCAGGGCGGGUGCCAGGGUGCCCUACGGGGUGAGGGCGGCGGUGAUGGGCAGCAGUCCCAAUAUAAACAGUGGAGGAGGUGGAGGCGGAGGCGGAGGAGGAGGAGGAGGAGGAGCUCUGGUCCCCACAGACGCCAUCGCUUUUGGGUCGGAUCUGCAGAGCCAGCCCCCUCAGCCCUCCACCGUGCCACACUCCAUGAGACAGGUCAGAGACGGAGCCAUGACGGACCUUCAGACGCAGCUCAGAGAAGUGCUGAGAGAAAACGAACUCCUCCGUAGAGACCUGGAGGCGAAAGAGUCUAAGCUGAGUUCCUCCAUGAACUCCAUAAAAACCUUCUGGAGUCCCGAGCUGAAGAAGGAGAGAGCUCUGAGGAAAGACGAAGGCACCAAGAUCUCUGUGUGGAAGGAGCAGUACAGAGUGGUGCAGGACGAAAACCAGCAUCUCCAGUGCACCAUCCAGGCUCUUCAGGACGAGCUCCGGAUCCAGCGAGACCUCAACCAGCUUUUCCAGGGCGACUACUCGGAGCCCGGUCGCCUCGGUAACCCUCUGCCGCAGGAAAUGACGGAGGAGAACUUCCUGCGUCUGCACAGCGAGUACGAGCGGCAGGCCAAAGAGCUGUACCUGCUCCGCAAAACUCUGGAGGAGAUGGAGCUGAGGAUAGACACGCAGAAGCACACGCUGACGGCCAGGGAUGAGUCGAUAAAGAAGCUGCUGGAGAUGCUGCAGAGUAAAGGUCUGUCGGCGCGUCAGACGGAGGAGGACCACGAGAGGACCAGACGCCUGGCAGACGCAGAGAUGACCAUCCACCAGCUGGAGGGGCUCCUGGAGCAGAGGGACAAGGAGAUGCUCCAGCUCAGAGAGGAGCUGCACCGGAGAUACGAGGCGGCUCCAGAGUCCACCAAGACCAAAGCCCUGCAGACCGUCAUCGAGAUGAAGGAUGCAAAGAUCAGCUCUAUGGAGCGAGGGAUGAGGGAGCUGGAGGAGGAGGUGAACAUGCUGAAGUCGAACGGAGCUCUGAGCAGUGAAGAGAGAGAAGAGGAGAUCAAACAGAUGGAGGUGUACAGGUCCCACACCAAGUUCAUGAAGAACAAGGUUGAGCAGCUGAAGGCGGAGCUGAGCCAGAGCCGCUCAGAGAAGGAGGAGCUAAACCAGCGGGUGUGUGAACUGCAGCGGGAGGUGCCCUCAAUGGAGCAGGCCAAGCAGGACCUGAAUCGAAAGGACAGUGAGCUGUUGGGCUUGAGGACCAAACUGGAGACUCUGAACAAUCAGUUUUCUGACAGUAAACAACAUGUGGACGUGCUCAAAGAGUCUCUCACUGCCAAAGAACAGAGAGCUGCCAUCCUACAGACGGAGGUGGAUGCGCUGCGUCUGCGUCUGGAGGAGAAAGAGUCUCUUCUGUCCAAAAAGACGCAGCAGAUUUCGGAGCUGACGGACGAGAAGAGCACGCAGGCCGGAGAGAUCAGCGACCUGAAGGACAUGAUGGACGUCAAGGAGCGCAAGGUGUCUGUGCUGCAGAAGAAGAUCGAGAACCUCCUGGACCAGCUGAAGGACAAAGACAAACAGCUGAGUGGACUGAAGGACCGACUCAAGUCUCUGCAGACGGACACCACCAACACCGACACGGCUCUGGGGACUCUGGAGGAGGCUCUGGCCGAGAAGGAUAAAAUCAUCGAGCGUCUGAAGGAGCAGCGGGAGAAGGAGGAGAGAGAGAAGGGAGACGAGAUGGAGACGAGUAAAAAAGAGCUGAAGGAUCUGAGAGAGAGAGUGUCCCAGCUGCAGGCGGACCUGGCCGAUCGAGAGGCGUCUCUGCUGGACCUGAAGGAGAAAGCCUCGUCCAUGGCCUCGUCUGCGGUGAAGAGGGACAACCGCCUGAAGACUCUGGAGAUCAGCCUGGAGCAGAAGAAGGAGGAGUGUGUCAAACUGGAGAGCCAACUCAAGAAGGCCCAGAGUGCAGCCGCAGAGUCCCAGGCGAGCUCUGAGCUGAGUGAGAGGAUCUCGAGUCUGGAGCAGGAGGUUUCUCAGCACAGAGACGACGCAGCCAAAGCUCAGACGGAGGUGGAGCGGCUGCUGGAGAUCCUCAGGGAGAUGGAGAACGAGAAGAACGACAAAGAGAAGAAGAUCCACGAGCUGGAGAGACAGAUGAAGGACCAGUCGAAGAAAGUGGCCAACCUCAAACACAAGGAGCAGCUGGAGAAGAGUCGGAACGCUCAGCUGAUGGAGGAGGCCAAGAGGAGAGAGGACAACCUGAACGAGAGCUCCCAGCAGAUCAAGGACUCUCUUCGACACAAAGAGGAGCGUAUCGAGGAGCUGGAGGAGGCGUUGAGGGAGAGCGUUCAGAUCACUGCAGAGAGAGAGGUGGUCCUGGCCCAAGAGGAACAGGCUCGAACCCACGCCGAAAAACAGGUGGAGGACUUGCUGGUCGCCAUGGAGAAGGUCAAACAGGAACUGGAGGUGAUGAAAGCCAAGCUGUCGUCGACUCAGCUCUCAUUGGCCGAGAAGGAGAACCACCUGACGGCGCUGAGGGCAGAGCGGAGGAAGCACCUGGAGGAGCUGCUGGAGAUGAAGCAGGAGGCGCUGCUGGCCGCCAUCAGUGAGAAGGACGCCAACAUCGCGCUGCUGGAGCUCUCCUCGUCCAAGAAGAAGAAAACCCAGGAGGAGGUGUCGGCUCUGAAGAGGGAGAAGGACAGUCUGGUGCAGCAGCUCAAGCAGCAGACUCAGAACAGGAUGAAGCUGAUGGCGGACAACUACGACGAGGAUCAUCUGAAGGUGGCAGCUCCAAACCCAGAGCCCCCAAACCACAAGCCCUCCCCAGACCAGAUCCUCUCCACGCUCCUGGAUCUCAAUCAAAACCGCAGCAAACUGAAGCUGUACAUCAGUCACCUGACCUCUCUGUGUCAGGAGCGAGACCCAAUCAUCUUGCAGGACUUUGCCCCGCCCCCCUCCUAUCACCGCUCUGACUCCGCCUCCUGGCACUCACAGGUCCACAGCAUGACGCACGAACAGCUGGAGGCGGAGUUAGCCCUCUGUGAGCGGGAGGGGGCGGAGCUACAGGAGUACGCCAACCAGGUCCUGCAGCAGAUCGCCGACCGCUGCCCCGACAUCCUGGAGCAGGUGGUGAACGCUCUGGAGGACAGCAGCUGACCCAAACACCGGGCGCCCACGGACAUUUGACCCGAAAAAAACAACUGACCCCCCAACCAAAUAUCUGACCCAGCCUGGACACUCGCCGCUUCACUGCACCACGAAAAACACCUGGUUUAUUGGUUGAAAUGGCUUGAAUUUGGUUUUAAUCUUGAUUAGAAUUUAAAUUGAUUUAAGUUUUAAGUAGUUUUAUUGCCAGAGAACAGAAUUAACAACUAAGAAGAAUAAACAGAAUCAUAAUAUAAGCUGUAAUAAAAAAAAAAAUCAGGCAUGCAUAAAAAAUAAGGUAGAUAAAAAUAAAAGAAAAGACUUUAAUUUUUAAAAUAGUUCAGUGGACUUCACUAAUAACAGAUACUUCUCACAGUAAAGUCCUCGGGUGUGUUAGUCUCAGUGUAGUUAACUCCUCCCCUCAGACGGAAAUAAAGCCCAAUUUACGGUCCAGCGUCAAAUCGUUUGUGUCGAUGUGAACUAGAGGUUUGCGCGGGACCACUCCUGCCCGCACUCACACUGUGCAGUCCCACUCCCGCAAGGAAUUGUAAUUUUAAGUCCUGCUCCCGUCAGCAUUUACAAUAUUUUGUCUCGCUCCCGCCCGCAAAUCCCGCAAGAUGAGGACGUUCGCUUUCUUAAGAUCUAAACACAGAGAAACGGAAAGGAAUUGUCUAAAAUGUGCGCAAGAUUAGACCACGUCCAGUUUUCACGUCAAGCUUAGGCUGCUUAGAAUGUUUUUAUUAAUGCCAAAUAAAAUAUUCCAGCACAAAUGAUGUAUGAUAGGCAAACAUGAAUCUUAUGAAUGUUACUUUACUCUCAUAUUUAGUUUGUGGGACUGCAGUUUAUCGUCCCACCUGCCCACGCCUGCAAUGAGCUUUCAAAAUAUGUCCUGCGCCGCACUGUUUUGCGUCGGGUCCCGCAGGUGCAGGGCUCUAACGCAGUGAUUCUUAGCCAUAGGGCCAGGGCCCAAAGUAGGGCCAAGAAACAUCUCCUUGGGGGCCCCACAACCAGUACAAAAUAAUGCAUUUAAUAUGAGAUAGGGCCCCAGGUCAGCUUGUUCAGAAAAAGUCGGGCCCCAAGAUUGAAAAGGUUAAGAACCCAUGCUCUAACGUGAACCCCCUACAAAGAGCGUCUGCGUCAGUCGAUGUGCACCUCUGAAAUGUUCUAACUACGACUCAGUAUGACUCAAGACAGCAGGGGAAGCGACGUAGACAAUAAGGGCUGUGAUUGGUCCUCUGCAUACAUUUCCUGUACUCCACUUUCCUUUCUUACAUUAUUACUCAAUGUAUAUUGAAUACAUCGAGUAAUAAUGUGUUUAAUGCAGCUUUGCGCACAUUUGUUUACAUUUUACAGAAACCAAACUUAAAACCACAUGACUCAUUUUCAUAAAAUAUAAGCACUGAAAAAACAGUUCGCUCCUUGUGCUGCUGAUGCGGUUCAGCUUCUGUCGGACUAAAGGACACGACUCAGUGCAAUUUGUGUUUUCUCCGCGAGGCUCCUGACUACAGUCGCCAUAAUUCUGCGACAGUUUAUUUUUAUUUUUUUAUUUUAUGCAUUUAUUUUGGGCAAGUAAUGAUUUACAUUUAUAUACAAUGGGAACAUAUGACAUAAGUGAAAUCAUAAUAGAAAUGAAAAUAAUAACAACAACUACUAAUAACUAUUAUUAUUACUAUUUUGCCCAAAAAGGAGUCGGAAGAAGAAAACUUAUUUAAUCCCACCCCUACUCUUCAUAAUCUAACACAAUGAGCUUAUUUUGCGUUUUUCAGACAUUUUGAAUUAAACUAUAUGAACUAUUUACAAGUGCAGACAAGAGUCACUGUUAUAGUUCGGUAAUAUAACAUAAAUGUACCAACAAUGGUAAAGUUAAGGAAACAGACAAUGGUAAGAAACAACAAAUACAAGUAAUGUAACGGACUGCACAAUCCAUCAGGCGGUGCGGCUUUGUAGUUUACCAAAGUCGUACUAAAACAUUUUGACAUAUUUUUGAGCGCCGUGUACCACAUAAAAUCGGUUCGAGGUCAGUAAGCACAACCAGGAUGAACACGUAAGGCGCACUGUCGAUUUUUGAGAAAAUUAAAGGAUUUUAAGUGCGCCUUAUAGUCCGAAAAAUACAGUAAAUUAAAAAGAAAGAAGAUUGCAGCUUUCCGUUAUUUUCGGCAGAUCGAAGUUACAACCAGCCGCCUGUAAGUGACAUCGAAGACGCGAUUAGAAAAAGCUUUGACAUGGUUGUGAAGACGCUGCUUCUGAAUCUACAAUUUUAUCACAAGCCCGGAGUCGGUAACUAAAACCGGAAGUCGUCACCCGCAUGUUUCCAAACGUCUUCCGGUCAACGUGAAUCGAGCCCGUUAUGAAUUCAAGCCAUUUCAACCGAUACUUUGCAGGUCUUUGCAGGAUUUUAACGCUUCUGUUGUGUUCCUUUCUCUAAUUUCUUCACUACUGAGCUUUUGUAAAUGGACUUUUGGGUUUUAAAUGUUACUGAUUAUAAGUUGCAGAGGCAGAUCUUGUCUUUUCUUCGACAAACGUUUAAAGACUCAAAAUGUAAUGCUGAGGUCAAAGGUUUCCAUAGUUACUACAGUGUUAUUCGGUCGUAUAUAUUCAUGUUCUUUUUACAUUUCUUGACGCCAUUUGCUGCUAUGAUUUGGUCGAUUUUUUUUUUGCUUUAUUUCAAUAUUUCAGUGAGGAGGAUAUUUUCUUUUCCACACCGGUGAUUUCUAAGCUGUAAAAACAUAAAGAGAAGCGAGUUAAAGACAGAAUUAUCAGCCUUUUCCAGACGUUUCACUUUCCUGGCAAAUUUUUUUCAUACAGACGGGGGAUAUCGGUCUGGUCCCCGCUCCCUCCGUCACGUCUAGAGCCGGAGCCAAACACAGCCGUCCAAUCAGAUUUGUUUAUUUCAGUCGCUGUGGUUACGGAUCUGAUGGAUGUCCGAUUUUUUAUUUUUUUUUUUCUCAGUCAUGAGUCUAUUAAAAUGAAACGUAAACAGCGAAAUCCUCAAGUUUCUUUCAAAUCGCGGGCUCUGAUUCUGCGGUUUGCACGUCGUUUAAAUAAUAUUAAGCGUCCAGAGAUCAGAUUAUAAUCAGAUUUCGAUGUGCGCGGAGCGAAGCCAGUGACGCAUGAGAAACGAGGGAGCUGCAAACAAAAUCAAACUUCUCUCGCCUCGGAUUAAAAACGCGUUGUGUAACUUUUUUAAUGGAGCGUCCGUCGAAUGCUUUUCCCCGUGGAGAUGUCGUUGCUUUGUCUGGAAUGUUUCACAGCGUGGCAUUAAACCUUUCUGUCUUCAUGGAGACCAAACCAGACCAAGCUACAGGUCAGAUCUGUGGAGAGGCGACCCCGCUCACAGUCAGAAUGCAUGUUUUUCUAGGUAUUUUUGAGCUUUAAAACCACCUGUAAUUCAAUAAAUGUAAAGUAGAGUUGUUUAAAGUCACACUGUGGAACAUUCCAGGCAGAGCAAUGAGCUAUCCAUAGAAACAAGCAGGUGACGGACCACCAACCAAAAAGUUACGCAGUGCACCUUUAACCGAGUCUAGUUCUUCGCUCAUUGAUUCUGCUGAAAUCCGAUUUUAUUUUCCUUUUCUUUUUCCUCAUAAACGUCCGUAUUUGUUUUGAAACGGAUGAACCAUGUGUGUCCCUGAUUGGCUAAUCCACCUGUCAGUCACGCCCAUCGGAAUUCUGGGAGGUUCAACUCACAUUUUCGUAAAUUACUGAAAAAGUGUGAUCCUUCUUGGACUAAAACGAACCAAAAUGGGAAUAAUUCAUUUCAGACACAGCGGUAUCUGGCUCACAGGGGUUAAAAGUUUUGUCGUUAAAGGUGCAUUGUGUAACUUUUCUGGUGGAGGGUCCGGACCAGACCAAGUUACAGGUCAGAUCUGUGGAGAGGCGACCCCGAUCACAGUCAGAAUGCAUGUUUUUCUAGGUAUUUUUGAGCUUUAAAACCACCUGGAAUUGAAUAAUACAUGUAAAGUAGAGCUGUUUAAAGUCACACUGUGGAACGUUCCAGACAGAGCAAUGACAUAUCCGUUGAAUCAAGCAGGUAAUGGACCCUCCACCGGAAAAGUUACGCAGUGCACCUUUAACCAAGUCUAGUUCUUCACUCAUUGAUUCAGCUAAACUUCGCUGGUGAUUUUAUUUUCCUUUUCUUUUUUCCUCAUAAACGAUCGUAUUUGUUUUGGGACGGAUGAACCAUGUGUGUCCCUGAUUGGCUAAUCCACCUGUCAGUCACGCCCAUCGGAAUUCUGGGAGAUUCAACUCGCAUGUUUUGAAAAAGUGGAAUCCUUCUGGGACAAAAUCACUCAUCAAUAUAAAACCAUUUUGAAUAUUUAAGUGGUGGAGGGUCUGUCAAAUGUUUUUCUCCAUGGAGAUGUUAUUACUUUGUCUGGAAUGUUUCACAGUACGGCAUUAAACCUUUCUAUCUUCAUGGAGACCAAACCGGACGAAGUUACAGGUCAGAUCUGUGGGAAGGCGAUCCCGCUCACAGUCAGAAUGUCUGUUUCUCUAGGUAUUUUUGAGCUAUAAAACCACCUAUAAUUGAAUAAAUAUAAGGUCUGUCUGUUUAAAGUCGUACUGUGGAACAUUCCAGGCAGAGCAAUGACAUGUCCACAUAGAAACACGCAGGUGAUGGACCCCCAAACCAAAAAGUUACGCAGUGCACCUUUAACCGAGUCUAGUGCUUCGCUCGUUGAUUCUACUGAAAUUAUUUUUCCUCAUAAACGGCCGUUUUUGUUUUGAGACGGAUGGACCAUGUGUGUCCCUGAUUGGCUAAUCCACCUGUCAAUCACACCCAUUGGAAUUGUGGGAGAUUCGACCAUGACCAGACUCACGUGUUCGUAAAGUUUUGAAAAAGUGUGAUCCUUCUGGAACCAAAUCAAACAAUGUUAAACCAUCUUGAAAAUGUAUGUUGUAAAGGGUUCUUCAAAUGUUUUUCCUCCAUGGAGAUGUUAUUGCUUUGUCUGGAAUGUUUCGCAGUACGGCAUUAAACCUUUCUAUCUUCAUGGAAACCAAACCAGAGCAAGUUACAGGUCAGAUCUGUGGGAAGGCGAUCCCGCUCACAGUCAGAAUUUGUGUUUCUCUAGGUAUUUUUGAGCUGUAAAACCACCUAUAAUUGAAUAAAUAUAAGGUCUAUCUGUUUAAAGUCGUACUGUGGAACAUUCCAGACAGAGCAAAGACACAGCCAUAGAACCAGGUAGGUGACGGACCCCGGCCCAAAAAGUUACGCAGUGCACCUUUAACAGUCUAGUGCUUCUCUUAUUGAUUCAGCUGAAAUCCAUCUCUGAUUUUCUUUUCUUUUCUUUUUUUUUUUUCCCAACAUAAACGUCUGUAUUUGUUUUGAGACGGAUGGACCGUGCGUGUCCCUGAUUGGCUAAUCCACCUGUCAAUCACACCCAUUGGAAUUGUGGGAGAUUCGACCAUGACCAGACUCACAUGUUUGUAAAGUUUUGAAAAAGUGUGAUCCUUCUGGAAGCAAAUCAAAUCAAUGUUAAACCAUCUUGAAUAUUUAUGUUGUGGAGGAUUUGUUAAAUGUUGUUGCUUUGUUUGGAAUGUUUCGCAG